AUGAAGAUAAUUUACAAGAGAGUUGUUGAUCAAGUUAUGAGCAAAUAUGGGCAGAUAGAUAUUCUGGUGAACAGCACAGUCGUGCAACAUUAUAGUACAACACUAGAAAAGGGAUUGUUUGAAGCACAUGAAAGAAGGAAGCUGUAUUAUCAAAACGACCAUGGAGUGAGUGCAGGGUUGCUUGAUUAUAGCUCUACUAAGAGUGCCAUUGUAUCAGUUACAAGAGCUCUGGCUCUGAAGCUUAUAAACGAAGGGAUUGGAGUAAAUGCUGAGGCCCCAGGUCCACUUUGGACGCCAUUGCAACGGGCUUCUUUGCCUGUUUAG